GACAGCUCUGCUACAGUCACUGCAGCCCCGGCUGCCACAGCAGCCCGCCGCCGCCGCCGCCGCCGAACCCGGAGCCGGAGCGAGCCCGAGAGAGCGCGAGCGCCCGCCAGGAUGUCGGUGGCUCCUCCCAGUUAUUGCUUUGUGGCUUUCCCCCCGCGGGCCAAGGAUGGGCUGGUGGUGUUCGGGAAGAACUCAGCGCGGCCCAGAGAUGAAGUCCAGGAGGUUGUCUAUAUCGCAGCCGCUGACCAUGAACCUGAAAGCAAAGUGGAGUGCACGUACAUUUCAAUUGACCAGGUCCCGAGGACCCAUGCCGUGGUGAUCAGCAGGCCCGCCUGGCUUUGGGGCGCAGAGAUGGGAGCCAACGAGCACGGGGUCUGCAUCGCCAAUGAAGCCAUCAGUACCAGAGAGCCGGCCCCUGAGAACGAAGCCUUGCUAGGGAUGGACCUGGUGAGGUUGGGUCUAGAAAGAGGGACCACCGCCAAGGAAGCCUUUGAGGUCAUCGUCUCCUUGUUGGAAGAGCACGGGCAAGGUGGAAAUUACUAUGAGGACGGGAACUUGUGUCACACUUUCCAAAGCGCGUAUCUGAUUGUGGACCGAGAGGAAGCCUGGGUGCUGGAGACCAUAGGGAAGCACUGGGCAGCUGAAAAAAUCACAGAGGGAGUGAAGUGCCUCUGUAACCAGCUUUCCAUCACAUCCAAGAUCGACGCGGAGCACCCUGAGCUCAGGAGUUACGCCGAAGGUCAAGGCUGGUGGACUACAGACCAAGAGUUCAAUUUCUCAGAAGUGUUUUCUCAAGCAGACGACCAUUUAGGCUGUUGUCCGGUCAAAGACAGCCUAGAAAAGCAAGAGGAGAGCAUCACUGUGCAAACCAUGAUGAACAUUUUGCGAGAUAAAGCCAGUGGGAUCUGCGUAGACUCUGACUCUUUCCUCACUACCGCCAGCAUCGUGUCUGUCCUGCCCCAGGAAGGGAGCUCACCGUGCAUCCACUACUUCACUGGGACCCCGGAUCCCUCCAGGUCCAUAUUCAAGCCUUUCAUCUUUGUGGACGAUGUCAAGCUCGUCCCUAAAGUCCAGUCUCCCUGCUUUGGGGAAGACGACCCUGCCAAAAAGGAGCCCCGCUUUCUGGAGAAACCCGACCGCCGGCAUGAGCUCUAUAAGGCCCACGAGUGGGCGAGGGCUGUCAUUGAAAGUGACCAGGAUCAAGGUCACAAGCUCAUGGAGACCAUGCUAGACCUGGAGAAGCAAGGGCUGGAGGCCAUGGAGAGCAUCCUGAGCAGCACAGACCCCAUGGACCCCACUGAAGUGGCCGACCUUUUCUAUGACUGUGUUGACACAGAGAUUAAGUUCUUUAAGUGAAGUAAGCCCAUCCUUUCUCUCCUCUCAUUUAGAAACUCCCUACUUGGCCAAACUCCAAGCAAAACCAACCCCUCUCCUCUUGAGUAAAAUAGAAGAUGAAUAUCUCAGCCCCUUUUUCUAAACAACCAGUCUAAUUUUAACUCCCACUCUGUGCUUUUGGUCUCAGAAAGAAACUCCCUUGACCCUCCUAAGAUUUAGUCAGUUUUCAUUUUCUCAUGAGCCUGAUCUUUGGCUUUAUGUGACUAAUUGUGGAUUUUAAGCUGCUGUUAUCUUAUUUCAGUGAUGAUGGGCACCCUUAGCCUUUUCCCAAGAAGACUAGCGUUUGUCGAGCCUUGAAGGAUAGUCUUCACAUUGCUGAAUUUUCAGGAAAGCAAAACCUUUAAAGAAAGUCUUUCUCCCUUGUUAAUAGCUGUUUCAAGUUUAACAAACUGGCUUUUCUUGGGCCAGUCACAUGCUGUUUUGGGUAGAGUUCAGGGAGAAUGUGGCCAGGGUGUUCCAGAGUGGGUGUGCUGGCUGAUACCCCGUGGAAUGCUUUCUGGGCCACCAGAACAAAUGGCCACGAGGAGAACCUUGAUGCUCAUGCGCUGACUCGGUGCAUGGGUUGCUGCUGAAACAGCCCCUCCAGCAUGGAUCUCGGCAGGCCGGCUGCUUCUCCACCUGACUGGUGUCCUGUAUAUAGAUGAUUCAGAAGCAGGCUGCUGCCGGCUAGCUUGAGUUACUGUAAUUAAAUGGCCCCCUGGAAGGAUUCCAAACGCGCAGAGGCUGGGAAUCUGCCAGCAUACAAGGCAGAGAGGGAGAAACCAGAAGCCAGUGACCGUGGGGGCUCAGGGGGCAUCUUUGGCAGCCGAUGUUCUCCCAAGCCUAGGUUCCCGCGUUUCUGAGGAAACUCGGAGGAGCUCUCCCGGUGUAUGCAUUAUCUCAGCAGCCACUUAGGGUAAUUAAGUCGAUUCAUUCUGCACGUGUAUAAUUAAGUGAAAGAAAGCAAUUUGCCAAUAGCGCCUGGAAACCGGCUUAGGGGAGACCGGACUAGGUCGGCACGAUGAAGACAGAGUAGCAGGAGGGUCAGAGAGGUUCAGGAUUUCUCCUCCAUGCAGCUGUGGGACUGUCUCCCCAAUAGCUGACACUCAUUUACAGAUCACUUUAAGAUUUCCCAAGCGUCUCCCCUGCAGCCCCUUCUACUUUCUGCUGCUAGCUGUCCAUGGUUCCCUUCUCUGUGGCUCUCCUUCCUCACUGUUCCCCUGCUUCCUGGCUGCUGGGUCUCCACAGCUUACAGGGGGAGAGCUCUUAGACUAGGGGGUCUCCUCUCCCCUCCUCUGCUCGACUGGGAGGAGGCGUCAGCCUCCUGUUCUCCAAAUCCCUCAAUUAUUAUUAAAACAGUCAUCAUUUUAGGGGGGUGGUGAAACGAUCAUUCACUGGAACGGACAAAUAUGACAACAAAGGCAACAGGAGCAACUUAGAGCACCUGGCCCGUGACCGUUGGGAUAGGAUUACUGGUCACCCUCUGUACGGGCAGGACUGCACAAAAGGGACAACUUUUAAGUUACCCAACCCUUAGUAAUGUCGUAGCUUCCUUCCGGAGACACGCUCCUUGCUUUAAACCUGUUAAAGUCCUGUGGUGGUUGAAGAGCAUGGCGAUUUUUUCAUUAUCUCAUGAUGUUAAUCCCAAGGGAGCGAAUGCCUGAGAGUUGUUGAGGUGAAAGAAAGAGAGAAAACUGUGGGGCUUCCCUCAGAGCCGGGAAAGGCAGGGCCACAAAAACACAAAGAUAAAUUUGUCUCCGUUUUCAGACUGCGGGCUACCAGACGUCCAGUUUUCUCUCUGGGGACGGAAGAGAACAACUCCUGUUUAGUUUCCAUGACAGGAACAGCUUUCUUAGGCCUCCCAUAUGCUGGUGGCAGUGCAGGGUAGCAAUGGCAGAGCUGCAUUUCAGGGGUGACUAUUAAAUCUAGUUGUAGACUCUGGAGUCUUAGACUCCAUGGACUCCUUUGGCAGUUUGGGGAAACCUGAACCCCUUCACAAAAUCUUAUUUUUAAAUGUGUAAAAUUAAAUCUAGAGAAUUAAAAGGAAGCUAGUUCUACUGAAAUACAAUUAUUAAAAUAUUUUUUAAAAAUAGCUCAUGGACCACUUGAGAUCUCCCCAUAGGCCCCAGGUUAAGGACUCCCUGUAGUAGAAAGAUGAUGAUGUAAAUAAACCAAGAGAAUCUAGAAAGAAAUUCUACAAAGUUAUGAUGGGGACUAUUAAGAACUCAGAGAUCUGCUCCGUCUCAACCAAGUUGAUUCAAAUGUUGAGAAAAUACAUUUGAUUCUCUUGAUUCCGACUGUGUCUUAAGUCCUUGCUGGUAUAAUUCUGAAGGUGAACCUUGUUCUAGCUUGAUGCUUGGACCCCACAGAGAGGCUAGUGAGACACAACAACUCGGGCAGAUCAAAAGAAUAGUGGAGCAGAUUCUGGAAAGUCAUUUGGACCGACUCUAUCUGUGGUGUUCCUAGCCCACCAUCGUUAGCUGAUUUAAUAACUCAGAGCAAAGAUUUUUUGUUUGUUGGUUUUUAAAUAAGGCUAGUUACAAAGAAACGUGGGCCUUAUACUGCAUACAGUAGAUUAUUUUUGUUUCCCCAGGCACAAUGGGAAAGUGGCCACUGAAAAGCAAUUAUAUUGGAGUGGGCUAAGUCACUGGUGUUUCUGCCACUUUCUGUCAAUAGUUUUGCACUUUUAUUUAACUAUUUUUACAAUUCUGUGCCUGAUUCGAUUGGACCUUUGCCUUCUGAGGCUGAAAAGAGAACAUCAGAACGAUCCCCAAACUAAUAAAAACUCACUAGGGGCUUUGGAUCUCUUGGGAAAUCCUUGAGGAAGCUCAUAAGCCCAACAAGGUUUUGCUUUUCCAGUCUGUUCAUUGAGAGAAAAGUGAUAUUGUAGACAAAAAGUUUUUUUUUUUUUUAAAUAAAGCCCAAAGUUUGGAAUGUUGACAAAUUUACCGUAAUUAUGGGAUCCACUUUUGGGUUCAGGAGACGUGACCAGUAUGGGUAGAAAGGCCAGCCAGAUGCAUCAUUCUCUGUGGUCCACGGCAACGUGAAUCUGAUGGUUGUCUAGUUGGGACCCAGCUGGUCACCGGUCACAGAGGAGGACGGGCCAACUGUUUUAAGAGGAAAGAGCCUGAUUUUUGUAAACUGAUGCUGGAGAGGUUUAGCGAGGUAAAGGUUAUAAAUUAUUCCAUGAUCUACAUGAGAUCAUCACCGUGCAGAAGUUCUUACCUCAGACCAUCCGUCUGCCAAGAAGUGGGGAGAGGAUCCAUCUUGGCUCAGGAAGACCUGGUCCAAGUGUUGCCUCUCCGGUCUGCAGUUGUCCCCCAGAUCCACUCUCCCAGAGGCCAGGCGGCCUCCUUAAUUAGGUGACUCUUAUUCUCCAGCCAAUGCUGAUCAUUUCAUGCAGCUUCAAGAUCCCCUUAACCGUUCCUGAUUCUGUGUCAAUGUGCGCUUUCUCUGACCCAACCCGAAUGAGUAUGAAUCUUCAUUUGCUAAUUUCUUGUGAAACUCACCCCCUGUUUGCAACCAUCUUGUGAUAAACUGAAGUGUCUUCACUGGAAAAAUACAAUAAAAGAGGAAACCUUCUCUAUCCUGUUACGGGAGCUGACAAUGUAGUGAUGAUGGUCCUCUUUUUUAAUGAAUGCCUUUGAACGGGAAGAUGUUCUCUUCCAGCUCUUCCCCAUGACCUUGUCUUUAAAUGCAUCGUGCAUAAGAUUAAAACUGUACUGAACCACCCCAAA